CUAUCAAUAGACGUUCUCAUUGGACGGAGCUUUUAGAAGGUAUCAGUUAGAUUAAAGUUACAGCUUCCAUGGAAUGGUUACGUAUGUUCGCAUUCAGUGGUCCAGUGACUUUGCUAGAGGCCACUCUUUCGUGAUUUAACGGGUUUCGUACGUGGUAACGCGUGUGAGGUGAACAAGUGUUUGAAUACAAACGCCACGUGGAUUUUAAACGGUGUGAAUAUUUGUAAUGAGCUGACGUUUUCUAAUAUAACGCAGAAGAUUAAAGUGGCUACCAUGGCAGAUAGAAGAGAAGAACUCCAAGACAGUUUGGAUAACACUGUAAACUUAAACAAACACGAGGAAAUAGAAUUGCCAUCGUUAACAGGUGUUCCGAACUCCGCGAACCAAAUACAAUCAAAUAAAAAUGCCACCUUACCCGAGAGGGGGACGUGGGGUAGUAAAUUAGACUUUAUAUUAUCGGUAGUUGGUUUGGCUAUAGGAUUAGGAAAUGUAUGGCGAUUUCCGUAUCUUUGUUACAAAAACGGCGGUGGAGCAUUCCUUGUGCCAUACUUUAUCACACUCAUUCUUGCUGGAAUCCCCAUGUUCUUCAUGGAACUGGCUCUUGGACAAAUGUUAACCAUCGGAGGAUUAGGUGUCUUCAAGAUAGCACCCAUUUUCAAAGGAAUUGGUUAUGCUGCUGCUGUAAUGUCGUGUUGGAUGAACAUUUACUACAUAGUCAUUUUAGCCUGGGCAAUAUUUUACUUUUUUAUGUCACUUCGAAGCGAUGUUCCGUGGAGAACGUGUAACAAUUAUUGGAAUACAAAAAAUUGUGUUAACCCGUACGAUAGGCACUCAUUAACUUGUUGGGAGCAAUAUAAUCCUAACAAUAGUUUUAGUAAAAUAUGCUCUAUUAACGCUAACAAUAUAUCGGUGACGGAACUAACAGAUCCAGUUAAAGAAUUUUGGGAGCGUAGAGCCCUUCAGAUUUCUGAAGGCAUCGAACACGUGGGCUCCAUAAGAUGGGAAUUGGCUGGCACCUUGCUAUUAGUAUGGAUUCUUUGUUACUUUUGUAUUUGGAAGGGCGUCAAAUGGACCGGAAAAGUCGUGUACUUUACGGCUUUGUUCCCUUAUGUGUUACUUACAGUAUUACUUAUAAGAGGCAUCACAUUACCCGGAGCCAUGGACGGAAUCAAAUUCUACGUCAUGCCAAAUAUGUCCAAGCUCAGAGAAUCUGAAGUCUGGAUUGAUGCGGUCACGCAAAUUUUCUUCUCUUAUGGUUUGGGCCUGGGGACUUUGGUGGCUUUGGGAUCGUACAAUAAAUUUACCAACAACGUUUACAAAGACGCCUUGAUUGUGUGCUCAGUGAACUCAAGUACUAGUAUGUUUGCUGGUUUUGUAAUAUUCUCAGUUGUCGGCUUCAUGGCACACGAACAACAACGACCAGUAGCCGAAGUAGCUGCUUCAGGGCCUGGACUUGCCUUCCUGGCGUACCCGUCGGCAGUCCUGCAGCUUCCAGGCUCACCACUGUGGGCGUGUCUCUUCUUCUUUAUGAUCUUGUUGAUCGGCCUCGAUUCGCAGUUCUGCACGAUGGAAGGCUUCGUCACCGCCAUCAUUGACGAAUGGCCCCAUUUGCUUAGAAGGAGGAAAGAAAUUUUCAUUGCAAUUGUUUGCGUGCUCUCUUACGUCGUGGGUCUCUCAUGUAUAUCGAACGGAGGCAUGUACGUUUUCCAGAUCCUAGAUUCGUACGCAGUGAGUGGGUUCUGCCUUCUGUUUUUGAUAUUCUUUGAAUGUAUUGCUAUAUCUUGGGCGUUCGGUGUUAACCGUUUCUAUGAUGGAAUACGGGAAAUGAUAGGGUACUAUCCAAUGAAAUGGUGGAAAUUCUGCUGGACAAUUGCUACUCCCGUAAUAUGCAUUGGUGUAUUUAUAUUUAAUCUUGUACAGUGGACUCCUGUCAAAUAUUUGAACUAUGAAUUUCCACUGUGGGCACAUCUUUUCGGAUGGUUUACGGCACUCAGUUCUAUGUUGUGUAUCCCUGGCUACAUGGUCUACAUUUGGUACAAAACACCGGGAGAUAAACAAACGAAAAUAAGACUACUAGUAAGAAUAGAUGACGACGUUAAAACAUUAAGAAAUAAAAUGAUCGCAGAAGGCACCGGUGCUUCAAUUUAAAUUAUUUCUAAUAUUCAGUUAUAUGUGAGUUCGUCUAGGUGUAUGCUUAUAUCUACGAUGACUACAUCUACAUAUAAUAGGACGUUAGUGUUCAAUAUGUUUUUGAUAAUUUCCCACUUAUUUAUGAUCAAAUAAUCUCAAUUAAAUCUGAUGCUAAUUAAUGAUGAUUUAUUCGAUCAUUAAUAACGAAGGAAUAGAAUUCCUAACUUCUGGGACAUUGACAUUUAAUGAACCGAUCGAUGUAUUUUAAAGUAUAAAUAAUUUUUUUAAUAAAUGUACUGAUUAAAAUGUUUUGUGUGCAGUUGCGGUUGUUAAUGGUGAAUAAUUUUGUUAUAAUUUUUUAUUUUAUCUUACUUUAUUUUACGCUCUACUAAAAACUGUAGAAACGUUUUGAGAAAACAAGUACGGAAGAAAUUAUAAAUGUGUUCAUAAAAUUAUUGACGUUGUAAGUAUUUCAUAUCAUUGUUAGUUGAUCUUGUUAAUAUGUAUAGUCAUAUCAUCAUGUAUCAGUGUUAGGUAGCGUCAUUAAUUCAUUAUUAUCUUAUCCACUAUGACCUACAACUAAUUUAUUGUUUUCAUUUUCAAAAAUAUAAUUAUAGCACUUUAUUAGUAAUUAUUGAGUUUAAGUAAUUUCUGUUGUAAAUUAUGCUAAUUGAUAUAAAUUAAAUACGUAGUCUCUUAAUAGUAUGGCAAUUGCUGUUUUUCAAAUAUUUUUUAUUCAUUCAUAUUUAUUAUUGAAUUUUGUUAUUUAUUAAUUAAAUGUUUUAGAACAUUCAAAGGUACCUGUUUAGUACAAGUUUAUUGUUUAUAAAGUAUUGUAUCUAUUAUAAAUUUCAAUUGCGAAAAUUUUGUUCGUUUUUCAGCCUGUUACAGCAAUCUAUGACACAAAAUGAAACUUUCAAAUGUAUAACGUUGUCCAUUAUUUGUACCCACAUUUUUUACUCAUCUACAUCGCGUUAAAUGUGUUUUGAAAAUAUAUGUUAAAACCGUA